AUGGUCUUGAUCAUCGGACUUCGCUUGGCUGUUCGAUUCUCGACCAGCAGUCCAGGGAUCGAUGACAUUCUAGCUGUUCUUGCUAUGUUCAUGGCCAUUGGGAGUACAAUUACAAUAUCUCUAGCUGUCAAUGACGGAUUGGGACAGAAAGAUAUCGUUCGAGACCUGUCAAAGACAGGGCAAAUGCAAAAGAAUGUCUUUGCAUCGUCUCUGCUUUACAUUCUCACCCUCUUGUUCGCGAAGCUGUCUACAGUCGUCCUCGCCGCACGCCUUUGCGCCCAGAGAUCGCAUCGAGUUGUCAUCUAUGGCGUCCUAGGCUUCUCAAUCGCCUGGGGCCUGGCCGCCGUGUUUGCAGAUGCGUUCCGCUGUCCCCUAUCCGAAACUUACGAUCUGUACGGACCUGCUUGCGCCGACAUCUUCUCCUUCUGGAACGCCGUGUCCAGCCUCGACAUUGCGUCAGAUCUUGUCCUGAUUCUCCUACCAAUCUACCUGUUUCGAAGUCUCCAGAUGCGACUCCUCCGAAAGCUCAUCGUCAUGGCAGCUUUCGGCUGUCGUGUUUUUGUUGUCAUUCUGGCCAUCGUUCGACUUGUUUACCUGAACAUAACCUUCAAGGCAUCGCCACCGGCCGAGCAAACCUUCAAUGCCAUACCAUACCAGAUAUGCACCCAGGUGCAGCAAGCUCUGGCAGUCAUGGUUGCCGCCGCUCCAGCACUCAAAGCAUUCCUCGACAAAACCAGCUCCGGCAUGUUUGCCGUCUCCUUGAGCGUUUUCACCGGGACAACAUAUGGAAAGGACAGCUACAUCAUAAGCAACCUCAACAGCAGCUCAGCAGGCUCAGCUACACGAUCGCGCCAUCGUAGCACGGUAGUGACAUCAACUGUAGCGAAUGUGUUUACACCAGACCAGAUUCAGUCCACUGCGACCGUGACUACUGCACCAAGACUCGCUGCUGUUCGGGUGUCUCGGACUGGGAGUGACUUCUGCCAUAAGCACAUCGACGUGUUGGAAGCCGCCUCACGCAUGUCGGCGGUUCCACCUUUGUUUCACAGUCGCGAGAGGAGCCUAUCCUACGAAGGAUCGGGUGAGCGUGUAGGCUACGAUGGUGCCAUGGACCACGCAUCUGACGGUGCAAGCGAUGACCAGAUGAUCAUUCAAGUUCAGAGAGAUUGGAAGGUCGAGUACGACAGCGACGUUCGUCGGCAACAGCGCCUCUUGUACUGA